UACGCCCCUGCCUGUGUAUAUGCCACACACACACAGUCCAAGACCCAAGACAUAUAACUGGAGAAGUGUGGAGGUGAUGGUCAUCAUACACACAUUAUUAGACUAUUUGCAAGUGAUCAACCGUCAUAAGUGGACAUCAAUCAUCCUGAUUGCAGCCACAGUGAUUACAGAAUGUAGAUUAUAUAAUAAUUGAAUCCCUGAUGGACAGACAGACAGACUGCAUGAGUUUGAUUACUUUGUCUCGAAACACUGAGAGUGAAGUGACCUUAUCGCUGAGCAGCAUCCAGCUGCCUCCCCGCUGGAGAAGAGGGAUGUUUCCUCAGUGCUGCGCUGCUGUGGUGUAGAGGGGCUGUUCCCUCAGCAGAUCCCAGCUCAGUCCGUCCAGAGCAGCGGCGGGGAUGAGCGCUGGGGACUAGGCGGCAACGCAACGACGCAUUUCACAGCCUCCUGCACGCACCGCCUCACAACCUCGCAUGCAUCUGCUGUCAGAGCAGCCAUCCUGCUGUCAGUUGGCACAAAUGGUGAUGGCCUCAGCUGCGCAGCUGUGCCGGUGAUCCUGCCGCUGCAUGUAGGGAAGAAGCAGAGACGCCUUGACAACCGAUCUACCUUCCUCUCUCUCUCUCAAGAAAAAAAAAAAAAAGGCAGAGAGAGGAAAAAAAGAAAACACACCAGCAUAAACAAAUGCGACCAUGUACAGCGUGGAGGACCUCCUCAUCUCUCAUGGAUACAAACUGCCCAAGCAUACCACCUCCUCCUCCACCCCUACCCCAGCCCCCGCGUCCUCGUCCCGCCAGCCUCCCUCGUCCUCACCGCCGUCCUACAGCAAACACCAUGAAAUCCUGGAGAACAGGCCCGGUCCCCGGACGUUGAAUGGCUAUGAAAGAGGGCCUGGGAUGCCCUAUGGGAAUGGUGGCGGCGCCAGGCAGCCCCAAGCGUAUGGCAGCGGCUGUCCCAACAACAACAAUGAAACAAGGGACAGGAGCUUGUCCAGGCGGGAGGGCGAGAGCAGGAGCCAAAUUGACACACACUCCUUGGGAGAGUCGCUGACCUCAGACAGUGGGUUCUGUGAUGGCACCAGAGGUCCUCAGCCGCAGUCCAAGGAUGUAUCCUACUGGAGGAGGAGAGGCCAGGAUUUCACUGUGCUGCUGGACUAUGCUGACCUCAGAGAUUCCCAUGGAGGAGGGCAAGGGGGUUACAGCAGACCGGAGGGGCCUCAACAAGCAAGGGGCCAAGAGCUGUCUGCAGAGGAGCGUCAGAGGAUAGCUCAGGAGAGGCAGCGGUGGGCAGCCCAGGCCCAGGCUCAGGUGCAGGCCCAAGCCCAGGUCCAGGCUCAGGCCCGCUCUAGAGAGAGGGAAGCUGCUCUCCAUCAGUGGAGGAUGGCGAGUGAGAGGAAGUGCCAAAGCCUGGGGACAGAGGAGUGGCGUCCAGCAGUGAGCUUUGCCCGCCAGCUGUCACAGAGUGAGGGUGAGCGUUGGGCACAGGAGCAGCAGCGGCUUCAUGCCAGGACACCAGAGGGUAUGGUAGUCCAUCCCAGGACCAAAGCCAAAUCCCAGUCCCUGCCCAGGAUGCUGCAGCCUGAGAGCCUGCAAUAUGUGGACAUAGCCUCGUCCGGUCUGGAACUGUACAGGCGGGUCAAUGGCCACCCACUGGCACACCACGACUUUUACAGGGCACCCCGCUGGCCGGAGAAUGGCAGGCCAGCUAGCGCCAACCAACUCUCAAUGACACCAAAGCCCCGCUUCACCCGACCCCCCAGACCUCCCUCUUAUGAGAUGCACCAGCAGAUCAGGGGAAGCUGUGAGAUGCUGUCUGGGAGAGACUCUGUGAUUCCCCAGGCCAGGGACAGAACGCCACUUCCAAUAUCAAGGACAGGUGACCCCCAACUGGACUAUUUUGCACAGGACUCUGGACCUCCAGGAUACAUCCCUCCCCCGUCAUAUAAAAGAGUUCCUAUAAUGGGAGGGGUGCGCCGGGGAUAUGGUGAAAUUGCUGUAGACUACAGGUACAGAGGGGAUGUGUACCAGCAGAUACAAGUGGCUCCAGAUGGGACUCACUGGUUCACCAGACAUCCAGCUGGUUCCUGGCCUGAUCCACAGAGAGAAAGGAGCUUGUCCAGCCAGAAGCAGCUUUACCCGGUAUAUACUACCCAGGAGCGCCCCGGUGGAGGGAUCCAAUACAUCCCCUUUGAUGACCCCCGCAUCCGCCAUAUUUCCUCAGCCCUGGGUGGCAACUCCCUGACGGACGCUGACAAGAUCCGGCACAUCCGCAACGAGCUUCCCAGCGUCACCGUGUCGGAGCCUGCAUCCAACGACAGUGCCUUUUUGCCCCCGCCAUUGGGGCCUUUCAUCGCCGCCAAACUGGCCAAUGAUGCUAACCCGACGUCUUCUAGCGACUUCGACAAUGACAAUAACAGGUGGCACAGUGAUUUGCACAAAGAGGCUGUCGAUAACUUCCCAGCAACUGACCAAAACUGCAACAACAGAUAUCCCAAAAACCAACGUCCUCCUUCAUCUCCCUCUUCAGCCUUCCAGGCCCCAUUAACAAGAAGUUCUUCUCGCCAGGGGUCCAGCUCAGAUCAGGUCUUUGCAGAAACCAUCACCCAAGUGAAGAAAAUUGCCCCAGAUUCAGGACCAGAGAACACUAAGAGAAGAGUGAGUGAGACCAUCUUCUGCCUUGUGUCUGUCCCUGUUCACACACCGACUAACAUUAGCAAAGACUUAGCAGCAGAUCAGAACAACAAUGAGACGAUACCAAGCCUGACUGUCACCAAAACAGAAACUUUCGCUGUAGGCCUCAAAGAGAGCCCCAAUGUGCGGAGCAAGUCAGUGAAUGAGAUGCCCAUCAAACACCACUACUCUUACUUCCACACCAGCAGCACAUCCUCAAUGAGGAACUACAAGAGGGCUCCUUUGAGGAAGGAGAUAAUAGAUGCUUGGGCACUUCAAGCCAGUGAAGACAAAGAGUUGUGCUAUGCUGGGUCCUGGCCUGGAAACCAGUAUCGUAACCAGGAAACCCAGACUGGCUCACCUUUGACGGUGGUGAAAAGUCCAGAACCCCAAAGUCCUCCUGGAGGGCAAGAGCCUGUUCAGUCCAUCUCAGACACAACAACAGACAGUGGUUUGGGGACAGACAGUAACUCCUCUUAUGGUUACCCCAUGGCAGGCCAGAAAAAUCUUCAUCCGUCCAGCAACAGCGCCUUCUCCCGUCUCAGCCUCAGCCCAACACAACCGACAUCCCUUCAACCCUUACAACAAGAGCCACUCUCCCCAUCAAAGGUCCGGCAUCUGGGAGACCAGCAACCAUCCUCCCCAACAAAGGUCCGACAUCUGGGAGACCAGCAACCAUCCUCCCCAACAAAGGUCCGACAUCUGGGAGACCAGCAACCAUCCUCCCCAUCAAAGGUCCGGGAACUGGUAGACCAGCAACUAUCCUCCCCAAAGAAGAGCAACUCAAGUCCCCCAGAGAGUGCGGAGCAAGUGACCUUUGGUCAGUUUCUCUUAAAACCAGUGAACCGACGACCCUGCGAUGUCAUUGGUGAACUGGAAACAAUUAAUAAGGAAAUGGAAGACACAAUCAGCAAGAGACCCCAUGUGGUUCAGUGCUUUGAUGAUCUAGAUGGGGUGAAGAGAUAUGACCGGUUUAAAUCAGGAGCACAUUUCACUGCUGGUCCAGAACCAGGUAGGGAAGCAAUCAGUCUUCCGCCAAUGCACAUAGAAAAACCCAACUAUAUGAAAGUCAGAUCAAAGUCCUUUGCUUCUACUGCUGAUCUGGAAUCCAUGGACAUGAAGAGUGCUUUCUCAAGGCCACAGGCCAAUAACAUACCACCAACAAAUGAGUUAUCCAUACUGUCCAACCCAGGCCCCACAGACAGUUGUCUCCUGCCCUCACUACCCCCACACUAUGAGUCAAACCGUCUCUACAGACAGGACAUCCCAGUCCCUCAAGAAUCCUUGCUCAGGGAUGUGGGUUUAACUGUCUACACAGAGACUCCCGGUGGUCCUGGGGAGCCAAUGCAGCGCUCCCUCUCAGUCCCAUCUCCCCUCGAUCAUAAGGAGCUUAUUCAGUCAGUGGAGCUCCCGUGGGACAGCAGGACAGCACUUAAUAAAAAUAGUGGUAGCCCUGAGCACAAUUCAAAUAAAGAGCCUCAAGCUGAGGUAGAGACUGAGAGAAAGGCUAAAUCAGACAGUGUUCCACCAUUCAGGGGUGAGGUAAAUUUAAGCAUCUGUAGAAGCAGGAGUGAAAGCAGCAGAUCACCUCAGAAAGAGAGAUCACCAUGUAUCACCAGGCUGACCAGGGAGGUUUCUUUUGUGUUAAAGGAUGAUGAUGGUGAUGGACGAUACGCCAUCUCUGAGCCUCUGACCUAUAAGAAUGAGUCAACAAUGGCAGAUAGGCACCUGGAGAACUUACUGAUUCAGGAGAAAGCCAAUUCUUUACCUGCAGAGGACCUCAGCAACCUGUAUGAGGUCAAAUGUGCAAAAGGUAUCCCUGAAAAUGAGUCCAUCGAACAGAGGGCUGCCAGAAUCCUGGGGAUAGCUGUUCCAGUGGAGGCCUUGGGUGUAGCUGACAAACAGUCAGAGGACAACCAGGAUGAUAUGGAUACCACUGGAGCUGAGGGACUACAAAGUCAAAAUGAAGAGACACAGCAGGUGAUAGGAGAGUGUGAGCAAGUCAGAGAGGAGUCCUUGAUUGUUCAGGGAGCAGAGGCAGAGGAGCUUAAGGGGACAGAAUCAGGAGUGGACCAUGAAGAAGGAGACGGACAAAAGCACAGCAGCAACCACAGUGAUGGUGAAGACAAUGAGGAUACUGAGAUUCAGUCCCUGGUGGUACUGGACCUGCCCGAGUUCCCACCUCCUAAACUCCCCCUAUCCCUACCCAUCAGCCCUGAUGACAAGCUAGCACUGAGCAUGUGCAGUGUGGAGAGGAGGGGGCGAGGUGGAGCAUGCAAAUUAAUCGAAUCCCUGCAAGAUAAGCUAAACUCUUCCACUUCUCCAUCAGCUACAUCUCUGGGCAGGUCAACCCCAGACAGAAUGGCCCGUAUGAAAGAGCUGGACUCAGUGUCUCGAAUCAGACGUCUCAGUCUCAAAGGUUCAGAGUCUGGAGGGGAAUCUGAGGAGCAGAAUGGUGACAGAGAGGAGAGUGAAGUUCAGGAAGUGACACGGGAGGAAGUUGUGGAGCAACAAGAAAAGGAAGAGGAUAAGAAACUGGAGGAAGAGGGAGAUGAACAUGCACAUGAGACACAUGAUAAGUUGGAAGAACCUGAAGAAGAUUGUAAACCUAAAGAAGAAGCCAAUGAAGAGAUAUGUGAAGAAGAGCAAAGACAAGAGGAGGAGACAGAACAGAUGAAUGUUGAGAUUGCACUAAAAGAAGAAAAUGAAGGGAGUAAAGAGGCAGAUGUUGAAUUAAAAACAGAGGAGACAGAUGGAGAAGUGGAGCUAAAAAAUGCGGAGGAUGACAAAGACAAGUCUUUGGAGAAGGCGAGAGACAGACAGAAUACAGCCGAGGUCAGCAGAGCUGAGACGACACAACAAGCCAAGGGAGGAAAGUUGCCCAAACCAAAGCAGCGCACCAGGCUGCAGAAGCCUCCUCUGCUUCCUAAACCUCGCAGUGUUCCCAAGAGAGAAAUAACGCUUCCUGUCAGCUUCAGCACUGGGACCUGUGGCCCCUCGAAUAUGGAGGAUGAGGAGAUGCUGUCUGUCUCAGACUCCUACGACCCCAGUCGAGUGGAGAGAGUGUAACCCCUGACACUGCCUUCGCCACUGUGGAAAUCUGUCUUUCUCAAGUUAACAGCUUUUUCCAACAACAAAAGCUUUCAUCUCACCUCACGGCCUAGUCAGCCAUGACCCCUCCAAUAUUGUUACGAAUUACUUCUCACAGAACUGACUGUCCUGGUGCUGCGAGAGCAUUUUUACAGCCAAAUAAAGGCGCCGCCGGUGCCAAUUCUCCAGGCCUUUUCAACCUCGACGUCCUCGUCCUUCCAUUCUCUCCACCUCUCUCCGAAAGUUUAUUUGCUCAAGCAAGCGGACUUCCUCCUUUUGAAGUCGUCUUAUUUUGCUUUUGGAAAAAUGCAUGUCAUUAUUCCCUGUCUGCACUCGGGCUCCUUCUCGAGCCCGGGUGUUGAAAUAUGAAUGUAAAAGUGCUUCUGCUCAACAAACAUAAGAAAUGUAACAGAAAAAACAACAACAAGAAGGCAACAGUAUUGCAUUACAAUCAGUAUUAACCUACACCAAAUGUAAAUAAGAAAGAGUUAUAAGAUUUUAUUAAGAAUAUAAAAAAGUAAAUUUAAGUCAUUUAAUUGCUGAAGAAAUGUAUAUUUUCUUAUCUAUGUUAAGAAAAGACUAGAUUUUUUGGAAGUGUAGUCUUUGGGUGUAUUACUAAUAAUGAAACCCCCUGUUCUUUAUUCUUAUACUUGUGUGAUAGAGAAUGUACUCAGAGAGCCUGGAUUGCAAUGAGAAACACUGUGGUCCUUGAAUAGUUUCACUAAGAGCAAUAUAGUCGUUGUAUACGGGACAUUUGUGACAUGAUUUAAGUAGUUUAACUCUCCAUUUCAAGGAGCUCAUCUCAUUUAAGCAUCUGCUUUAAAGCUCUACCUUUUGGUACAGGUGUUAGGUUUGCACUGCUGAGAUUAUUGGCUUUAUGUUACCAGCGAGCACCUGAUAAUCUCCUCAAAUACUCAGAGAUUACACUAGGAGGGAUUCACGUCUGCAUCCUCCCCGUUCUCCGACGCUGCCAGUCUCAGCAUCAGCGAACGCAACAUGUAUCAGAGAUAACGUCUGAUUUAAGUGUUAUUUCUGUUCAUCCUCACACUGUUGAAGAUCUAUUUUGUGGCAUUAACAGAAGUCUUUAUUUAACCGUGGAGUUUUCCUUUGUUCACAUCUCCGUUUGUGUGAUUUCAGAAGUGCUUUUUUUGCAGGAAACGAUAGAUGUAGCUAUACUGAUCGCAGUGUGCCUUGUACACACUGUUUCUGUGGAGAACUUGAUUUGUGUGUCACACAUCCAGUAUUGUCGGUUUACAAAUCCUAAUUUUAACUGGACACCAGUGAUUCUUUUUAUUUUAAUGAAAACAUUUGGAGUUGUUUUGGCAAUAAUAAUAAUAUUCAGCUGAAGAAGCUUAAUAUUGAUGCUGUACAGAACAUUGUUGUUGGAAUACUAAUCACAGUAUCUGAACAUGUUCAAUAAUUUAAUGUUGACAUAUCAGUGCUUUUGUGUGUCGUGGGCAUAACUGGCAACUGGUUUACACUCACUUCACAUAUGGGGUAGCAAUACGAAAAAAAUUCAAAACAUACCAAACCAAACUUUGUGCUAUGCAUUGGACAUCUACAUUUACUGGGUUUAAUACCAAAAUUCAAAGCUAAAACUGCAACUUUUGGUUUGCUUGUUUGACCCUGUCACUCUUUGAUCCAGUGUUAGAUGUUGAACCUGUCGGAUCUGGUUGUAGACUUGCGUAGAAGCGGCUCUGACUGGAGUUCACCAGUGGAAGCUCAGUGCCAGGUUUUGUCUUUGUCCUGUUAACCAACCCAGUACCCGUACCUCUGUGUUCCAGGUAAUGUGUUAUCUGGUCAUUCUCGUAGGUCUUUUUGUACUGCAAGUUCUUUGUAACAUGAUAUAGACUAUUGGUGCACAUCUUGCUUUGAUAUUUUCUAUUUUCAUACAGGAGUAUGUACAGCUUCUUUUGUAUGCGCGACAUCUUUUUUUUUCUCCUCUUUUUUUUUGUGCAUGAAAUGCGUCAGAAGUCACAGAGAGAAGGUGUAUUUGCAUAUAAUUGCAUUUGGUACUAUAUAGUCUAUCCAAUAAACAACUGUUAUAUUUCAUAUAAUGUAUAUUUUAUUUUCAAAAAGUUAUGCUACAUAUUUAAAAACAGAACAAGGUAUUUUUAGAUUAUUGUGAAAAGGGAACUGUUUUUGAAGGCACAAUAUUUGUCUAUAUUUGAAAUGAUCAUUGAGAAUGAUCAGAAAUAGAGACAAGUGUGUGCUGUUGUAGAGUACUGCAGACUAUUCAUAAAUAAAAGUCUUUGCAUGAAACA